AACGUUGGAGAAGUCGUUCAACUUAACACCUGUGAUGAUACUAGUGCAAUGAGGUUCACUCAAUACUGAAGAAAAUUAACAAUCUGCUAACUUACCACUUGACCAAAAAUAUUGGCCAUGGCUCUGUUAUUUGUUUUAACAUUUUUGCUUUGUGGAAAUGCUGUGAAUGGACAAUUUGAACGAAUGUUUCAACAAAAUAUUGUCGAUAACCCACCUGACACGGGAAAAAUUCUGAUCCAAUCUGAGCUGAAACUGGAAACCUUGGAGAUGCCAGAGGACUGUGCGAAGAAGGCUAUCAUUGGUGACACGCUGGUAUUGGAUUACGAGGGUUUAAUAGAUGGUGUAAAGAUAGAAGAUUCCCACAACACUGGGGAAAAGGGGGCCACUGAAAAAGAACCAUUGGUGGUCCCUACGGGAAAAGGGGCCGUGAUCCCGGGACUAGAGGCAGGUGUACUGGGAAUGUGUGUCGGGGAAAAGAGGAAAAUUGUUAUUCCACCUCAUCUGGCGUUUGGCGACAAAGGAGUCCCCGGUGUUAUUCCUGAGAACGCAGAGAUAACGUUUAUCGUGGUCCUGAUGAAGAUCGUGCCCAAGAGCUGGGGGGAGUGGUACGUGGACAUCGUGUGGUCUGCUUGCUACGUCGCUUUCAUUGGCGGAAUUAUUGUCCUCAUGGGACAAGGCAUCCAAGAAAAGAGGAAAGCGCUGAGGAGAGAAGCUAAAAGGGCGCAACAUUACAACCGAUAGGUCACGUGACAUCAUCCAAUAGAAAACCCACCAUGUGCCGUCAACGUAACAACCACCGGAAGUGAAGUUUCAUCCAAAGGAAGACGCAUUUCAAGGAAAUGUUCCUAUAUUCUAAUUUCACUGAUGGAAAUGGUGAAAUUACGUGACACAGUGUUCUGAACCAGUAAAAACAUCAUUUAUACACACACACACACACACAUAAAAACAGCCUGUGAUAAGUUUGUAAAAACAUGUAUAUAAUAAAAUAUUAUUACUUAAA